AUGGUGGACCAUCUGGUUAACACUGAAAUUAACAGCCAGCGCAUUGCUUCCGUGGAAAACUGCUUUGGGGCAUCUGGACAACCCUUAGCUGUGCCAGGAAGAGUCCUUCUGGGUGAAGGCAUUUUGACCAAAGAAUGCCGCAAGAAGCCCAAGCCUCGGGUAUUCUUUCUUUUCAAUGACAUCCUCGUGUAUGGGAGCAUAGUGAUAAACAAAAGGAAGUACAACUCCCAGCACAUCAUACCUCUCGAAGAUGUCACCUUAGAGACACUGCCGGAUACCUUACAAAUGAAGAACCGAUGGAUGAUUAAAACUUCGAAAAAGUCCUUUGUUGUUUCUGCAGCCUCCCUCACAGAAAGGAAAGAAUGGCUCAGUCACCUUGAAGAGUGCAUUAGGCAUCUGCUGACAAAGACAGGCAGGCAGCCCUCCACGGAGCAUGCUGCCCCCUGGAUACCCGACAAGGCCACUGAUAUCUGCAUGCGCUGCACGCAGACCAAGUUCUCCACGCUCACUCGCAGGCAUCACUGUCGGAAGUGUGGCUUCGUUGUGUGUGGGGACUGCUCCAGACAGAGGUUUCUGAUGCCACGCCUGUCCCCCAAGCCGCUGAGGGUCUGUAGCCUAUGCUACAGGCAGUUGAUAGCAGAAAAGAAGAAGGAAGCAGAAGUUGACCUGAGACAGCCAGAGCAGAUUGACUCUUCCAUGACUAGUUAUGAACCAUCUAGUGGUGAUGACAGUGAUAAAUCUGAUGAUGACAAAGUGGAACGGUGGCCGGGAGACGCAGAGUUUUAUGCCUCAGAAGUACCUUGGUCAUCUUUCCAUAGUUGA